AUGGCAUACAGGAGAAGGCAGGUUGUAACGAGAAGUUCGACCUUCAAGGAAGAGAUUAAUGUUAAUGGAAAUGAAUUAUUAGAUGAUCAUAAUCAAAAUGAUGGUUCUAUGAGCGCUCCUUCCUUUUUUUCCUCUAUUCACAAUUCCUUAGCUACUCCAUCCUUUAAUAAUUCCCUCGCUGCUCAAGCCAUCAAAGCUUCUGCCGCUCGUCGCGAUCCCUCUCUUUCAUUUGCUCCUCCUCUUCAUCAUGAAAAUCAUAACAGAUCCAAGAGUUGUGAUUCUGAUGGCGAUCCUUCUAAAUCUGGUUUCUGGGGCGUCCUCGCACUCAAAGCUAAAGAUAUUUUUGACGACGAUGAUCCAUCCCCUAAACUUCCUCAUCAUGACAUCCAAAAACUUAGAUCGCACUCUUUUAAUACCACAACCAUCCCUGCAACUCAGAAUAUUGCAAAAAUUGGUGAGAGUAACCUUAAACAACAGUUCAACCAAACACUUGGGACCACAAACUCUCAAUCUAUCCCGGAAACACAACUCAAGGCAUCUCGCGACGUGGCAAUGGCAACGGCUGCGAAAGCAAAGUUACUUCUGCGAGAACUUAAGACCGUGAAAGCGGACUUGGCUUUUGCCAAAGCACGAUGUUCUCAACUAGAAGAAGAAAAUAAACUACUUCGUGACAAGGAAGGUCGCGAGAAGGGACAAAAUCGUGCAGAUGAUGAUCUGAUUCGUCUUCAAUUGGAGACACUUCUUGCUGAGAAGGCUCGAUUGGCGAGUGAGAAUGAAGUGAACUCUCGUGAAAACCGUUUUCUACGAGAAAUUGUGGAAUACCAUCAAUUGACUGUGCAAGAUGUGGUGCAAUUUGACGAAGAUAUGGAACAUGACUCAGAGCUUUAUGGAUCCAUAGAUACCACUUAUGGACCUCAAAUGUUGUCUCCACGCUCUCAAGUAGCAGGUCUACCCAUGCAUUCAAAAUCAAUGUUUGAUGUAUCACCACCAUCAUCACAUGAUGAAGCAACUCCUACUUCUAAUUAA